AUGAAGUUUUCAGGAUUGAAGACAGUUAAGAGGUUACCGUUUGCUAGAAAUGUUAUGGGUGUUAUUCUUGAAAAAAUAGAGAAUUUGGAGAUUAGUGUUGGGGGGUUUGGUAGGCAACUACCAGCAAACUUUGAAGAUAUAGAUGAUGAUGAAGAAAUGACAUACGUGACUGUUAUAGAGCAUAGCUAUGGAAUAUUAUUGUUCGAGAAGAAGAAUAUUGAAAAAGCUCUAAAAAAUGGAAUUGAGAAUUUCCCAGACAGCUUGAUGUUGAAGGAGUGGUACGAAAAAAAUCAAGAAUUGUUCAACGAAGUGAAGAAGGCAGAGAAUGGAGGAAUGAAUAGUAAUGAAGCUGGUUUUGAUGGUCAUAGGAACGAAGGAGAGGCAGAUGGUGGUAAUGAAGAAUGA